AUGCUGUCAAAAAAUGAUUUACAAACUAGACCAUAUCAACAUAAAAGAUUAGCUAGUUCUACUUCAACUAGUAUUUUAUUAAAUGGUAGUAAUACUUGUUUGAAAACAAAUUUAUCAGAUGUUGAUAAAUCAGAUUUAUAUAAAAAUUUAUUGAAAAUUAUCUUAUUAGAAUAUAGUAAUGAAGCAAGAUUUCGAACUCCAAUUAUUGAAAAUACAACUACGAAUAAACCAAGAUUCAGUAUGUUACUAGACUCUAAUUUACCAAAUUAUGUGCUAAAAGAAUUGAAAAUAAGAUUACAAAAGGUUAUGUUUGAUGAAGUUAUCGAUAAAAACUUUCGAAGAACUUUAUUACGAUUAUUUAGUCAAUUACCUUCUACUGGAUCGGAAUAUCAAAACAUGGAUUUUAUUAUAACUAAAUUUGCAUCAUUUGCAAAUUUGGAGUUGAAAAAUAUUGGAAUUACAGAUGAUGAAGAAAUCAAGAAAAAUACAUUUAAACAAACUAUAUCAUUUAUUGACUAUUUAAUAGAGAUUGUAAAAUCAAAGAAAGAUUAUGAUAAUAAUAUAAUUACAAAGUUGAAUGAAAGAAAGAAAAAUUUUGAAUCAAAUAGAAAACAGGAGACAAGUAAUGGAAAUAAUAAAUAUUUACCAAAAAGUUAUAGAGUGGCUGACUUAAAUCCAAAUUUGGUUAAACUAUUCAAGCAAUUAUUUAAAGUGGAUGAUGUACAAUUACAAUUAGAUGUUUUCAAAUAUAAGGAUACUGCAUUAGCCAAACCUUUCCAUAAAGAUAUUAAAGAUCUUGAAAGUAUACUGAGUUCAAAUCGACCUAAAUUCCAAUCUGAAGAUACUUUCAACUCCUGGAUUGAACGACAGAAAGCUAUAUCUCAACAAUGUAUAAAUAGGUAUAAAAUUCCUGCUGAAGUUCAGUUACUACCAUUACCUCCUAAACAAGAUGAUUUUUAUAUACUUCCUAAUAAUUUGAGAAAUGAAUAUCUUAAAUUUGUUUGCAUGUUAGUUGAAUUAGAAGAUGAUAUAAAAGAUUUAUCAAAACCAUUUUUGAAUAAAAGUUCACAAGAUUUCUUUGAAAUAGUUAAUAGAGUAUGGCAUGUUGAUUAUCCAACAAGAGUGGUCGCAUUAUAUUUAGCUGGUCUAAAUUGUGAAGCAUUAUCAAAUGAUAAAGUUGUUGAUAUUGAUACUACUGAGAAGUUGUUCAACUACUGUAGGACAAUUAUAAAUCGCCAUAUGGAUUAUGAAAAUAAACACUUAUGGUCAAUUGAGGACCAAGACUUAUUUGUUGAUUUACUCAUAGACACUUAUAAUCAAGUUAUGUAUAGUAUAAAAGAACAAGUUAACAAUAUAUUUGAAAAACCAUCAUUCAAAAAUCUUUUAAUGUUUUUAGGGAUUUUAGAACAAGAUGCAUUAUUUACCAAAAUUGAAGAAACAAAUAUACCAAAAAAAUGGGAAUCAAAAUUAGAAAAAACCGUCUUGAAAGCUGCAAAUAAAAGGUAUACUUCUUAUUUCGAUGAAUUACCAAGAGAUAAUACAUCCAACAUACUACACAUAUUAAAUAUUUGUGAUACUUUAGUUGAUGAUAUUAAAAAAUUACAGAAACGAUACAAAAAUCCAUUAUUAGGCUUUUUGAAUGUUGCUAAAGUGGUUGCAAGUUUAACUACUGGAAGAUUUGCCAAAGACUGUGAAACUAUACUUAUACAUAUACAUGGUAAUUACCGUCAAAGAGAUGAAAAGAUACCAUACUCUGAUGGUUUAGAAAUUUAUAAAUCACUUAAUGAAAUUAGAGAUAUUUUUUUACAAGUUUCUUCAAAGGGAUCAAAAUUUGAGUUUGAUAUUGAGAAGUUUUUCUUCAAUUAUUUAGAAGAUUGGGUGUUGGAGAGUGAUGAAAAGAUUUUGAAUAUAGUAAAAGAAGCUUUAAAAAGGGAUGAUUAUAAACCAAUUAAUGAAGAAAUGCAUAGUCAGGCUAUACUUGAUAUUUUCACAAUUAUUAAACAGUAUUUAAUUACCUUGAAGAAAAUAAAUUGGCAAAAUGAUUAUCAAUUAGCAAAAGCAUACACUAUUUUAUUACAAAGUAUAUCGAAUGGAGCAUUAUUUUAUUCUGAACAAAUUACAAAUAAAUUGAUUAAAGAUUUGGAGCCUGAUAUUGAACCUGAAACAAAGAAAAAUUGGAUUGAGGAAGUUAAAAACGUCGUUACUAAAAGGUCAGAACCUAAAGUUGUUUACAAUUUUCAAGCAGAAACAUGUAUUGCAUUGAAUAAUAUAUCAGCAAUGAUGAAUAAUUUAACUAAAUUGGAAGAAUGGGUUGAUCCAGAAUCAAUAUCAAAAACGAUUGAAAGACUAGAUGUUAAUGCUCAUAAGAAAUACUUAAGUCAUGUCUUUGCAAUACGAAUUAUACGAGGAGAAAAUAUUAGAGCAUCAAAAGAUUCAGCAUUUGGUAGAAUAAGUCCAUAUGUUACAUUAAGUGAUCGUAAGAAACUAAUUGGAAAAACAAGAACAAUUUAUCAGUCAUCUGAUCCAGAUUACGAUGAAGAAUUUGAAAUAAAGAUUAGCCCCAAUAGUUCAUUAGAUUUAUCAUUGUUAGUAUGGGAUGAAAGAUUUGGUCAACAUCAAGUAUGUGGAAGAGCAUUUUUAGAUUUAGAUCCUUUUAAAUUCAAUAAUGAUGGUAAACCACAAGAAAUUAUUUUAGAUUUAGAUUUACAAGGAAAAUUAAUUAUUGAAGUUGCAUUAGAAAGUGAAACUCUUGAUGCAAUGUUUGUCCUUGGAAGAGCUUAUAGAUCAUUACAUAGAGCAAGAGAAAGAUCAAUUAAAUUAAUAGUUGAAAAAUUUACUGGUUUUAUUCAACAGUGUUUUUCCAAAUUUAAUCUUAAAAAAGUAUGUUCAAAAGGUAGUCCAUCACGAGAAGAAUUUGAAGAAUCAAUUGAAAAUUUAUGUGAUUAUUUAAAUAUGAAUUUAUCUGUAUUGAAAGAAUUUUUAACUGAUGAAAAUUUUAUGAAAGUUAUGGUUGAAACUUGGAAAAUUAUAGUUAUUUCAGCUGAUGAAUUAGUGUUACCAAAAUUAUCAAAAGCUAAAUUUAGUGAUUCGUCAUGGCAAUUAUCAAUUAAAUUUGCCAAUGUUUUAGGUUUUGAAAGUGAAUUGAAAGGAAUUGAAAUUGAAACUGUUUUAGGUUGGUUAAAUUUAUUAUCUAAUUUUUUUCAUAAUGAAGGUAAUGGACCACCAAUGGAAGAAUUAAAAAUUGAGCAAUAUCAAUCAUUAUUAUUAAUCCCAGCAUUAUAUGAUCAAGAUGAUGAUUAUUUAAUUGAUGAAGUUGAAAAAUUAUCACCAGCUUAUUUACAAAUGUUAAAUCAUAGAAAUUAUAAAACAAAAAGAAGUAAUGUAAGUAUUUCAAGAUCUAAAACAAUACAAGAAAGUGCAACAUCAAGAGCAAGGAAAAAGGCUGAAAAGGAAUUAAAAGAAGCAAGACAUGAUCCAAUAAUGAGUCAAAAUUUUAAAGAAGAUAUUAUAUUAAGAAUUUUAAUUACUCGAAAUCGUAAAGAUUUUGUAUGUAGAAGAAUUGAACAAAGAAAUAAAUUAGCUCAAAGUAUAUCAGCAGAAAGAACAGCAAGAGAAGCUGCUGAGAAACGAAAAUUUUAA